AUGGCAGCUCCAUCCACCGGCGCGAAGUUUAUUCGCAUGAUCGUCAAGAACGACUCCAUCAAAUCCGACCCUCACGAGAUCUACGGAUGGCGCGCCUUCGCCAUGGCGGGUUCCGCCUGUUUUGGUGGCAUGUUGUUUGGUUUCGAUAUCGGAACCAUUGGAGGUGUGCUUGAAUUGAAGGAGUUCCAGGACAAAUACAACAUCACCAACCUCGACAAAGUCGGCAAAGCCAACCUGAACGCUAACAUCGCUUCCACCCUCCAAGCCGGAUGUUUCGCCGGUUGCUUCAUCGCCUCCUGGGUAGCAGACCGCUGGGGCCGCAAGACCGCCCUCCAAAUCGCCGGUCUCGUCACCAUCGUCGGUUGCAUCAUCCAAGCCGUAGCCAUGGGCGCCCUCGCAGCCAUGUACGUCGGCCGCUUCAUCGCUGGACUAGGUGUAGGAGGCGCCUCCAUGGUCGUCCCUCUGUACAUUUCCGAAAACGCACCCCGUGGUAUCCGUGGUGGACUCACAGGUCUCUACCAACUCUUCAUCGCCACAGGAACCUGCCUCGCCUUCUGGGUCAACUACGGCUCCCUCAUGCACCUCUCCGGCGGCGCACAAGUCUACAUCGUGCCUCUUGCUCUCCAGGCUCUCCCCGCUGUUCUCCUCGUCGGCUGCAUGGCGCUGAACAAGGAAUCCCCUCGUUUCCUCGCUAAGCAGGAUAAAUGGGAGGAGGCUACCACAGUGCUUGCUCGCAUGCGCAACCUACCUCACUCGCACCCCUACGUCCAGGACGAGAUCAAGGACAUCGCCGACCAGCUCGAACACGAGCGCAUGCUCGUUGCCGGUGCCAGUAUCAAGGACCUUCUCAAAGAGAUGUUUACCAUCCCCGGUAACCGAAAGCGCGCACUCAUCUCGAUUGGUCUCAUGAUCUGCCAGCAGAUGACGGGAACAAACGCCAUCAACUACUAUGCGCCGCAGAUCUUCGCCGCCCUCGGUCUCAAGGGCAACGCCGUCAAGCUCUUCGCCACAGGUAUCUACGGCAUCGUCAAGAUGGUCGGCUGCUUCGCUUUCCUCAUCUUCGCCGCUGAUUCUCUCGGUCGCCGCCGUUCGCUCCUCUGGACAUCGAUUGCCCAGGGAAUGGCCAUGUUCUACAUUGGCAUCUACAUGCGCGUCGACCCGCCGAUUAUGGGCGAACCAGUACCAGGAGCCGGAUACUUCGCUCUCGUCUGCGUGUUCCUCUUCGCCCUGUUCUUCCAGUUCGGUUGGGGACCCGUAUGCUGGAUCUACGUGUCUGAAAUCCCCGCCGCUCGUCUCCGCUCCCUCAACGUUGCCAUCGCCGCUGCUACACAGUGGCUCUUCAACUUCGUCGUCGCGCGCGCAACCCCCAACAUGAUGGCCACCAUGGGCCAAGGCGGCUACGGCACCUUCUUCACCUACGGCGCCUUCUGCUUCUCCAUGUUCAUCUUCGUCUGGUUCCUCAUCCCCGAGACCAAGGGCCUGUCCCUCGAGAAGAUGGACGACCUCUUCGGUAUCACCGAGUUGGUUAAGAACAUGGAGGCGGACCGUGAGAACCACGCUGAUGACAUUGACGCUAAGAAUGCGACUGUGGUCAGGGAGGAGAAGGUCGGUCAUUAG